UGUAAAGUGUCAUCUAUUUUAAAUUGAUGGUAUUACAAAAACCUCUCGGCUAAAGACGAUUUCAAUCGAUUCCUAAUGACGAUUCUGUCCGUAAGCAGAAAUAGCCUUUGUAUAACUUUAGAAGGGAAAUUAAUCCGUAAGUAAUCUCUAAUGUAAUCAUAUACAAUUGACAGAUUUGAUUAUAUUGCUGCCUCGAUUGCUGAAAUCAAUACAAUAACAAAGUGUCAAUACUAAAAAAUAAAUAAUUAAAUAACCGUAUACGGUGUUGUCGACAGUGUCUAAUGAUGUAUAGUAACUUGCAAAGUAUAUAAUAACAUUCACAUAUUGAAGCCUGUUAUUUAAAUAAACAAAUGUAUUCGUGCUGUUUAUAAGGAAAAAUAAAGGGUUUAAGCAUACAUAAUCCUCAUCCUGUUUGGAAUAUGCCCGUAUCAUGCUGCUUUCCGUAUGUUAUAAGACCUUGAAUGAAAAAUCUCUUCAAUAAACUCUUCUUCUUGCUGAUGUUAACUAUAACAUUCACUUGGAAAAAUAGUUUAAAUGAGCACUAUUUUAUUUAUGCAGUUCAUGUAAAAAGCAUUCACAUGGAAAUAUAGCUUAAAUAAACAAUAUUUUGUUUUUACUGUUGUAAAGUUUUAUUUUUGCAAAAUGAGGAAGAAAUCUCUCACGUCUAAAAAAUGUUUAAAUGAACAUUAUGCUGUUAAAACUGAAGAGAAGCCUUACUCAUCUAAUGUAGAUGAUGAAAAAUUCUCCGUAACAACUAAUUUAAAUGGACAAUAUAAUGUACAUACUGAGGAAAAACCUUAUUUGUGUAGUUUGUGUAAUAAACCUUUUAUGAAGAGAUACGAUUUGACGCUACAUCAUCUUGUUCAUACUGGAGAGAAACCUCAUUCAUGUAGUGUAUGUGAUAAGUCUUUUGCAAGAAAAUCUAGUUUGAUUAAACACUCCCGUGUUCAUACGGGCGAAAAACCACAUUCAUGCAGUGUGUGUAAUAGAACAUUCUCACAGAAAUCUGAUUUAAAUAAGCAUUCUCUUGUUCAUACUGGAGAGAAACCUCAUUCAUGUAGCUUAUGUAAUAAAUCUUAUACAAGAAAAUCUGGUUUAAAUGAUCAUGCUCGUGUUCAUACCGGGGAGAAACCUUAUUUAUGCAGUGUGUGUGAUAAAGCAUACAGUAAAAAAGCUCACUUGAAGGAACAUUAUCUUUUUCAUUCAGGAAUAAAACCCUAUGCAUGUAAAUUGUGUGAUAAAUCUUUCACGAGGAAAUCUAGUUUAACCAGGCAUUCUUAUGUUCAUAGCUCAAAAAAACUUCAUUUUUGGUGUUUAUACUGCUGGCAACUUUAUACUUGCAUUAUGUGUGAUAAUUCUCUCACAUCUAAAGAAUUUUUAAAUGAAGUUUAUGAUCCCCACUCUGAAGAGAAACCUUAUUUAUUCAAUGAAAGUGAUGAAAAAUUUUUCUUUAAAAAUUAUUUGAAUGAACAACCUUUUGUUCAUACCGAAGAGAAACCUCUUGUUCAUACCGAAGAAAAACCUUUUGUUCAUACCGAAGAAAAACCUCUUGUUCAUACGGAAGAGAAACCUCUUGUUCAUACCGAAGAAAAACCUCUUGUUCAUACUGGAGAGAAACCUCUUUCAUGCGGUAUAUGUGGUAAAUCCUUUGUGAGCACAUCUAGUUUAAAUAAACACUCUCGAGUUCAUACUGGAGAAAAACCAUAUUCUUGCAGUGUGUGUGAUAAAGCAUUCUCACAGAGAUUUGAUUUAAAAAAGCACUAUCUUUUACAUACUGGGGAGAAGCCUUAUUCGUGUAGUGUGUGUAAUAAAUCGUUUGUUCGGAAAACAGGUUUGAAUAGACACUUUAUUGUUCAUACUGGUGAAAAACAUUACAUGUGUGGUGUGUGUGAUAAGGCAUUUGCAAGGAAAACUCAUUUAAAUAGACACUCUCUAGUUCAUACUGGGGAGAAACCUUAUAUAUGCAGUGUGUGUAAUAAAACAUUCAGUCAAAAAGUUCAUCUAAACGCACAUUUUCUUCUUCAUUCGGGAGAGAAACUUUAUCCAUGUGGAUUGUGUGAUAAAUCUUUUGUUCAGAAAUCUGCUUUAAAGAAACACUCUAGUGUUCAUACUGGGGAGAAGCCUUAUAUGUGCAGUGUGUGUAAUAAAGCAUUCGCAAGGAAAACUGGUUUAAAUCAACAUUAUCUUGUGCACAAUGGAGAUAAACCUUAUUUAUGCAAUGUGUGUGGUAAAGCAUUCAAACAAAGAGCUCAUCUAAAUUCACAUUUUCUUCAGCAUUCUGGAGAGAAACCAUUUUCAUGUAGUUUGUGUAAUAAAUCUUUUACAAGGAAAUAUGAAUUAAAUCAACACUCUCUUAUUCAUACUAGAGAAAAUAUUCUUUCAUGCAGUUCGGGAUUAAACAUUCAGACAGAAAACCAAUUAAACUAGAGACUAUCUUAUACAUGGUGAAAUCUUUCUUAUGUAGUGUGUAUGAUAAAUCUUUUGCUCAGAAAUCUGUUUUAAAAACACUAUCUCAUUCAUACUGGUUAGUAACCUUAUUCAUGCAGUGUAUGAUAACACCUACUCACUUAAAAUUUGCUUAAUUAAAUCCUAUCUUGCACAUUCUGGAGAAAUAUCUUAUUUAGGCAGCUUGUGUUAGAAAAUAUAUCUUUUUCAUAUAGCAAAAAUACCUUACAUGUGUAAUGUUUGUAAUAAAUUUUUUUAAUGGAAAUCCUAUUGAAAUGAUUAAUGAUCACUCCUUUCUUCCUGUUGGAGAAAAACCUUAUCCGUGUAAUGUAUGUGAUAAAUCUUUUGUACAUUCGUACAUAUUCCUUGUCACUCAAAAUCGGACUGCAGGCCUCUAUCAUUACUGUUUAUGAACAGUUUGAUUUGUCUCUUACCAUGCCUUGCUGAUUGUUUUAAGGCUGUGUUUUGAACGCUACAUUGGCCUAUGAAAUAACACUUGUUUUGUUGAUAAUCUGUCCUUUUCCUAACUGCUGCAUGUUUACAAUAGUUACUUAUGAAUGUUAGGUCAAGUAUAGCCAGCAUCCAGUUACUCUAAUUCUGGAAAUGGCUCACCAUUAAGAAAAGCCAACAGUUUUGGGUGAUGGUAGGUCUUAUCUCCAUGAUUUAGAUUAGUUGUAAAGAAGAUCUUUGAAACUGUACUAAUGUUUCAUUAAAUUUGAGACAACCAUUGACGUUUUUAGAAAUAGGCCAUAUUUAGUAGGGGGUGGGGCACAAUCUGCAGUCCGUGGGCCAUAUGCGACCCACUGACUCUGGAUAUGUGGCUUGCGGAUGCUUCUGAACACGCCUUUUUUUUAAUAAUAAAAAAAUGAUACAUGGAAAAUUUUGACUCAAAUGAUUGAGGUCAUCACUUUUUUAAGCGCUCAACUCGCACUGGAUCUAUUGUAAAUCCAUGACGUUUAUCAUUCUUUUCAAUGGUUAUUUCUAUGAAAUUUCGCAUAGUUUUAAAAAUUUCAAUAUUUUUAAUACGAUAUUAUGAUGCUCGAAUUUAGUAAUCAUUUUUCGACUCUCUUUAUUUUUGCCGAUUUCAUUGUAAAUCCAAGUCACUUUUGAUUGUUUUUUGGCAUUUAAAACUACUAAUUUCCUUGUGGUUUUUAAAAUUCUGAUUCAUUUAUUAUGAUAUUACGACUUGUGAGUUGUAAAUCACGCAUUUAAUUUAUCUCUUUUUUAACAUGGUUUAUUUGUGACGAUUUCAUGGUAUAUCUAAAUUAUUUCUUUUCUUCUUUCAAAGUCAGAUAUUGUUAUACUUGACCCUGUGAUUUUGAAAAUCUCGUAUUUUUGUUACAAUAUAUUAUUACCACAUGCGAGUUUCAAAUUGCGCAUUUGACACUUUUUGAUACGCUUUGUUUUUCAAGAUUUCAUCUUAAAUCCACUUAUUUUUCAAUAAUUUUUUUUGGCGAUGCAUUCCAACAUGCUUUUAAAAAUUCUGAUUUUUAUUAUGACGUGAAAUUUUAAAUCACACGUUUAAAUAAUUAUUUAUUGAUGCACUUUAUUCAUACUGAUUUCAUUGUAAAUAUAAGUUGGUCUUUUUUGCACAUGUGAUGAUUUAUUCUACAUGAUUUUAAUGAUUUCCUUAAUUUAACCACCAUGUUAUUAGAUCAUGAGAGUUUCUAAUCGCAUAUUUAAAUAAUCACUUUUUGAUUGUUAUUUAUUUGUGCAUAUUUUUUUUUUUUUUUUUUUUUGUCGUGCAUUUGUGCGUGAUAUUUAGAAUCCUGAUAUUUUAAUACAGUGUCAUUGCAAUCUGUAAAAUUCAAAAACUUGAAGAAAAUGCAAAUUUUUAAAUUGCUUACUGUUUAAAAUUUAUGUUGUUUUAAAUUCUUUGUAGCUUAGGGGGUUUUUAUUAGGAAAAAACGAAGAAAACUUUUCAUAUUUAAAAUUCAUAAAAUCUUUAGUACUUCAAGAAAGUGAUUUUAAUUUAAUCUUAUUUUGGCUAUUUUGGCAUUAUUGAAUCUUAUUAGGUUUUGAUUUAAUUUUUGUUUAAACACUAUAAAUUUUCUUUAGUUGAAAUAUUUAUGUAUGUUUUUUACUCUUUCAUUAUAUAAGCAUUGCAGUAUUUUUAGAAAUUACCACCCCUUAAUAUUUAUAUAUUGUUGCAUAUCUUCAUAGUUAAAUGAGAUUCAUAGCUAUGAAAUCUGUCACUGUUGGAAAGUCUAAUACUAGAAUUGGGUUUGUGAAAUGAUCUUGUCUUGAAAGCCCCAGACAAUCUAGUAUAUAGUCAGGGGUGGCCUGAUAGUCAGCUCAUUUCACACAGGUUUAGAAAACCUUUUUGAUGGACAAUAUUUAUGUAUUAUUAUUAUAUAUUAUUAUAUAUUAAUCUGGAUAUAUAUAUAUUCUGAUUAAUCAAUUACUGAUAAAAAGGAAGAAAAAAUUUAGAAUAAUUUUUGAAUUAAUUCUAAUAAUUAAAAAUAUAAAAUUUUCUGAAAAUAUAUUGCUAAAUUUUUGAAAAGAAAAAUUUAAUGCUUAGAACAUAAUUUUUUUUAAUCAUAUUUGCCAUCAACAUGACUAAAUAUAUGCUGACCCUUCUUUAUUCAACCUGCUGUGCAAGUGGCCCUUCAAUAAAAAAGAUUGUACAGUCCUACUAUACAAUAAUCUUGAGGUAGUCCAGGAUGUGGCUGGGUGGGAAGUUGCCACUUGAGCACGGAGGAAAAUUUUUCAUUCGAUUUUAAAAUCUCAUGCACUUGAGUUGAUAAGUUCUAGAUCUGCAAAUCAUUGAAAUGCUUUAAAGAAUCUCAAAUUCCUUCCUGAUAGAGAUUUGUGAAAAUGAAAAGUGUCUUAAUUUUUAAUAUUUAAAAAGUUAUUACAAAGAUGCUUUCUGGGAUUGGGUUUUUACCGGGAAAAGUGUUUUUACCAGGAUAUUGUGUAGUGUCAGCGAAGAUGAGGAAAGAGCAAGGGUAUUGACUUUUUACCUUUAAUGUUUUUUUUUUUUCUUUAAGUGCGAUUGCCCAGUUCCUAAUUUGCUUGGAAUUCACUACACUGAUGUUUUUUUUUCAAGGUUAAAGAUUUGCCCGGUUGUUUUAGUUAGUUCUGGAUUUUCAUCAAAGCUUUUAUCCAUGUUUAUUUUUAAAUUUAAGUGAUUGUUCGGUGUAAAAUUGUGCAGAAAUCCACUACUCUGAUGUUUUUUAUUUUUUUAAAGUUGAAGAAUUAACCAGAUGUUUUUUUUCAAUCUCUUCUACCCUCCUGGGAUAAAUUAAGAAUGUUUAAAUUAUUUUUGAAAUGUGCAUUGAACCUUAAUAUGUCUGCUGGGUGCAAGACUUUUAUGUUUAGUGUGUUGUUUUAAAUAGAGCCUGUGAAUGUUGACUUUGUGUUGUGUUAAGAAGUAAAUUAUUGUAUGUAAAAAUAUUUAAUGUGACUAUGGUAUCAUUUUCUUAUUGCUAUGCAUCAGCUAAAACGAUCUAAAGAAUAGUAUAAUUUUAAGGUUUUUUUUUUUUAAACAAAAUAGGAUUCAUAUUUUAUAAAUGAAUCCUAUGUAUUUAUUUAUAUAUAUUUUUUAUGUGUUUAAGGUCAUUAAAUAAUAGUUUGUGUGUAUAUAUUGCUAUAUUUUUGAUGAAAUUUGCAGCAUACUGGUAACAACAUUGUUGUCUGCAUGUGAUAUAGAUCUUUCAUUUUUUAUUUAUGAAAUGUAUGUUUUGUGUUAUAAAAAGGCUAUAAUGCAAGUGAACUUAGAAAUUAAUAGGGUUGCAAUAUUUAAUUCUGUUUUUAGCAGUUUGUGACAUAGUUGGUAUAAUUUAAAUCAUGAUUAAAAUUUCUAUUUAAACCA